AUGCCGCACUCGCAGUUCUCCUGGACCUCCCCGCCGAAGAACGCGCUCGUCGUGAAGAAACCGAACGACGUGCAGACGACGGAGAUGAUGCCGCGCGUGGUGGACAUGCUCGCGAGGAACGACGUGGAGGCGUGGGUGGAGCCCGCGGUGCACUGGGAGACGGGGCUCGGGAAGACGUGGGCGCAGGACGACGACCCGCGACUGGACGGCGUCAUCGACUUUAUCGUCUGCCUCGGCGGCGACGGCACGAUCCUGUGGGUCUUGAACUUGUUUCCCAAGAGCGUCCCGCCCGUGGUGUCGUUCGGGAUGGGUUCGCUGGGGUUUCUGACGUCGUUUUCGCGCGAGUCCAUCCCGCGCGUCGUCGACGACGUCGUCAAGGGCGACUUCGUCUUCACGCUCCGCUCGCGGCUCGUCGCGCACGUCGUCAAGGCGGACGGCUCGGAGGAACGCCGACGGCACAUCGUCCUGAACGAGGUCGUCAUCGACCGCGGCGCGAACAGCACGCUGAUCGACCUGGACGUCAACAUCGACGGGAACCCGAUGACGAAGGUGCUCGCGGACGGAGUCAUGAUCUCCACGCCGACGGGGUCAACCGCGUAUUCGCUCGCCGCGGGCGGGAGCAUGGUGCACCCGGGCGUCAGCGGCGUGCUGUUCGUGCCCAUCUGCCCGCACACGCUGUCGUUUCGGCCGCUGGUGCUGCCGGACUCGGUCGUGCUGACGAUCCGGGUGCCGGAGAGCGCGCGCGUGGAGCCGUACGCGAGCUUCGACGGGAAGGAGCAGCGGUGUCUGAAACGCGGGGAGAGCCUCGUCGUUCGCGGGUGGCGGUAUCCGGUGCCGUCGAUUUGUAACUCGGGGGAGAGCGUGGACUGGUUCCGCGCGGUGAAGGAGUCGCUGCUGUGGAACGUUCGCGGGAGCAUGCAGAAGCCGUAUUAA